AUGAUGAGGCUGGGGCUGGGAGACGAGCAGCACGACUUUGGCUAUGAAGGAGAAUUAGAUCCCUGGCUGCUGCUGCUGCUGCAGCAGCUGCAGCAGGAAACGCCACAUAUACUCUGCAGCAGCAGCAGCAGCAACAGCAGCAGCAGCAGCAGCAAGGGGAGCAAGUGUAGCAGCAACAAAGCCACAGACAGCAGCAACGCAGGCAGCAGCAGCAGCAGCAGCAGCAGCAGGAGCAAGAAGAGAAAGAGCCGCAGAAAAAAAAACAGGAGCAGCAGCAACAACACAGACAGCAGCAGCAGCAGCAGCAACACCAGCAGCAGCAGCAGCAGCAGCAGCAGGCGCAGCAGCAGCAACAGCAAUAUAGAUGAUGAUGUGUGGCUGCCGCCCCCGCAGUACCGCGUGGAGAUUAUCCAGCCUGCAGCAGCAGCAGCAGCAGACGAAGCAGCAGCAGCAGCAGCUGCUGCUGCAGCAGCAGAGGAAGAAGCAGCAGCAGCAGACGCAGCAACAGCAGCAACAGCAGCGGGGGCAACAGCAGCAGCAUUCGAUGAUUUGCUGCCGUUGCUGCAGCGCAUAAGGCUCCUACAAGCAGGCCCCCAAGCGCAGCAGCAGCAGCAACAGCAGCAGCAGCAGCAGCAGCAGCAGCAGCAGCAGCAGCAGCAAGUGAUGACAGCAGCAGCUGCUGCUGCAGCAGCAGCAGAGGAAGAAGCAGCAGCAGCAGAUGCAGCAACAGCAGCAACAGCAGCGGGGGCAACAGCAGCAGCAUUCGAUGAUUUGCUGCCGUUGCUGCAACGCAUAAGGCUCCUACAAGCAGGCCCCCAAGCGCAGCAGCAGCAGCAGCAGCAGCAGCAGCAGCAGCAGCAGCAGCAGCAGCAGCAGCAGCAGCAAGUGAUGUAUGCACAGAUCAUCAGCAGCAGACGGAUUACUUCGCCUUCUCACUUUCAAGCGGUUCAUCACAUCAAGCUGCUGCUGCCUGUUGAGAGCUGCCCCCCCCCUGGUGCUGCAGUUGGGGUGUAUGCGGAGACGGUACAACGCCACCACCGCCACCGCCACCGCCACCAGCAGCAGCAGCAACACCAGCAGCAGCAGCAACACCAGCAGCAACACCAGCAGCAGCAGCAGCAACACCAGCAGCAGCAGCAGCAGCAGCAGCAGCAGCAUGCGUGGAGGUAUCUGCGAUAG